UCUCUCGACACAACCAUUUCAAAAGCUCUUUACUCAUAAACAACACAUAGAACAAAAAGCCAAAAAGAUUUUCCAAAAAGUGCACACACUUUCUCUAUAUUUUGCCACUCUCAUCUCAAACUAUCGUUGCCAGCUAUUUUCUACUCUUAAAACAGAACUGCAACCAUGCAAGAAAAGUCGAGAAUGCAGAGCAAGAGAUCAGUGGUUGCUCGUAGAGCUUGGAACGUUCUACGCUUAGCCUUGUUAUGGGCAAGAAAAGGUGGCAUUUUCAAGAACAGGCACCUUGUGGAUCUCCGUUUGCUUCCUAAAUAUAUUAAAAGCCUCCGUCAUACCAAUGAUCACUACAGGGCACUACAUUAUGGAGAGCGUGAGUUUUCCUUUGAUGACACCCCUAUCAUUCACGUUAAAAUGCAUCGCCCUGCUUCCUUGCGUUUCAAGAUGCCAAAUAUUCCCUGCAUCAAACCUCAAGUCGACUUUGACUUUGAUUUUGAUAACGAUAAUGAUUAUGACGAUGAAACGUACCAUCAUAACAAUGACGAUGUUCCAAGGAGAAGUUUCUUGAAGGGUGCGGAUGAUGAUUAUGAUGAAGAGGAGGAAGAGUACGUAAGCUGCGAGGUGUCUGAGGAUGAGAUCAGUGCUGGUGGCGGCGAUGAAGCAAUUGAUAUGAAGGCUGAGGAGUUUAUUGCAAAGUUCUAUGAGCAAAUAAAGCUGCAAAAACAAAUGUCAUUUUUACAACACCAUCAGACGCUCGCUAAUUAAAGGUGCAAGUUGAUGGAGAGCUGCAGACGCUUUCCACUAAUGACAAUCUACGAAUUCACUAUUUCUUGUAUCCAAUCCUGCACUAGUAUUAUUUUUUCUGUAUAGGAGGCCUUGCGGCAUUUUUGUAGAUAGAUGAGGCGUUCCAUUCCAAACUGCAAAAUAAAUGUAUCAAAAUUUUCUUCUCCAGAAUGAUUCUGCGUUACACUGGCA